AUGACGGCUGCCCUGCCCCGCCGGGGCCUCGCGUCGCUCCUGCUGGCGCUGGCGCUGGCUGCGCUCUGGACGGCGACCGCGGAGGAGAUCUUGCGGCCUCGGGGACUUCUUCCGGCGCAGGUAACAGAGCUGCUGGAAGGAACGGGCGCUCCCGGAACCGAUUCGGAGUUUACUAGCGCUCCGGCUCCAGAAACGUCCACCGAAGCGGUUGUAGACCUUAGCGGAGACACCGGUGUGCCGCAGUCUCAGGAAGAUGAAACGAACACACAGACGUUGAAUGCGAACACUUUUGAUUCUUCUUUCGAAACAGGUGCUGAUUCCCCUGUGGACGCCGAUGAUAAUGCCACUCCAGAUCCCAAUUCCAAUGAAUUGGAUGAACUAAACAUACCUGGGCAUUCCUCGUCAGCUCAACGGACAGUGUCUGAAACCGAUUCUGCCCACAUAAACGGCUCGCACCCAUCAGAUGUAGUUGCCGGUGUAACUUUCGAUUCGGACACUCUUGGAAACAGUGAUAAUGUACAGCAAAAAGAAAACAAUUCUAACGUCAUGGUGAGCCGAAAGGAUGUGCCGACAGGUGAAGAGGUGGACACGCGGUGUUCGACUCUAGAUACAAUUGGGUGCAACGGGACGCGAGACACGCCCGAAUUUGAAGCGGAGGGCUCGGGGACUGCAGAUGAAGCGCGAGCGAUGGAAACGAGCGAGAUCUUUUUGGGCGACGCGCCCGCUCCAGACAACCGGGAAUCGGGCGAGAACUGGGAGGACUCGGAACUGGGAGAAGAGUUCCGUAAAAUCAUGACCUCCUACGGGACGAACUGGCUCCUGGAUCCCGACGCGGUCGUUGACGAACCAUCGGCUGAACGGGCGCAGCAAGACGAGGCUCGUGGUCGUGAACCAGAAACGCCGACGACCAACGCGGAAGACAACGCGCCAACAAGAGGCGCCGAGUACAUGGACGACGAGCUGGAGGGGUACAUCCGCGACAGGAAGCCCGCCCCGCAGUGGCCGCCCUCGGGGUAUUUCCCAGGGCCUCCGCUGACCCCGGCACCGACGGCGGCGGCGUCGACGACGGCGCCGGCGACGGGCCCCAACAGCGAGCUGUGGCGCCUGGGCUACCGCUUCGGGCAGCGGCCCGACGUGCGGGAGGAGGCGGAGGCGGAGGCCCAGCUGGCCGCGGCGGGCGACGGCGUGCUGAGCGACUCGGCCGACGACCCGCCGGGCCCCGCCCCGCUCGGCGCCUCCCUCGCCUUCGUCUUCGACUCCACCGGCUCCAUGCACGACGACCUGCAGCAGGUGAUGGCCGGCACGCAGGCCAUCAUGAAGACCAUGCUGGAGGACGAGCACAAGCCCAUCCACAACUACGUGCUGGUGCCGUUCCACGACCCGAAGGUCGGUCCGUUGACUGUCACCACCAACCACACCCUGUUCAACAACAGCCUGAAGGCCAUCACUGUGCACGCGGGCGGCGACUGCCCCGAGAUGGCGCUGGCCGGCAUCAAGAUGGCUCUGGAGGCCUCGCUGCCGCGCUCCUUCAUUUACGUGUUUACCGACGCCAGCGCCAAGGACACGGACCUCCUGCAAGACGUCGUGUCGCUGGUUCAACGCAAAAAGAGUCAAGUGGUGUUUGUACUGACGGGGGAUUGCGGAGAUAGAAAAAACGAACGAUACAAAGUGUACGAAAAGAUUGCUGAUACCAGUUCCGGUCAAGUUUUUCAUUUAAAUAAAACUGAGGUGGAAGAAGUGCUGAAGUUCGUGAAGCUGUCGCUGCAGUCGCGGCGCGUGAACCUGCUGUCGGUGACGAGGCCCGCGGGCUCCCGCGAGGAGCACUCGCUGCUGGUGGACCGCAGCCUGGACGAGUUCACGGUGGCCGUGGCCGGCGAGAACGCCGAGGUGGGCGUGGAGGACCCGCAGGGACACACCGUGGCCCUGCCCCGCCUGCAACCCGUCCUCUCGCUCAAGGACGUCAAGGUGGUAAAGAUUGAGAAUCCUGACCCAGGACAAUGGAAGGUACAUACUGCCAGCGAUUCUACUCAUUCAGUACGGUCAACAGGCACAAGUCGCAUGGACAUCAGCUUUGGCUUUUCUGUUGCACCAGUUGCUAACAUGCAUCAGACAUUUUAUCGUCCUCUUAACGGUACCAAAAAUCACAUUUUAAUACAAGCUACUGAACACCGGGAUCUAUACAAUUUGACAUCUGUAAGACUUGUGAAUGUAAAUGGCUCAGAAAUCAUUAAUUUUACUCUGUCUCCUGUUGAUCCUGAAGAUUUGACUGGUGCAUAUACAGGCGAUCCAUUUGUUCCUCCAACUGACAUUUUCUUUAUAGAGGUAACUGGAAUUGGAAGUGAUGGCUUCCCCUUAAAGAGAAUGACUCCUACAGCUAUAAGUGCCCAAAACCCAGAUGUCCCCAUUAUAACAAUGAAACCAAGGUUAGCCAUUCCUGUGGGACAAAGAGGUAUAAUAACUUGCUAUGUUGAAUCACUGAUACCUUUCAAUGUUGUGUGGUUAAAAGAUGGUGGCCUAGCACGUGAACUUACUUCAUAUAAACAAACAACUGAUGUAUUUUUACAAAUAACAAAUAUGAGUGAAGCUAAUGAAGGAUCGUAUACGUGCCAUGCUAUGAAUGAAGCAGGCUCAAUAUCAAAACAAACUAAACUUCGUAUGACAGGGCCACCACCAGUAGUUUCUUCUAAAGAGAGAAUUGUCACAAGUCCAGGUGAAAACGUUGAAUUGAUAUGUGAAGUGGAAAGUGUCCUCAAUUACACUGUUUCCUGGUCUCGCUUCUCAGGAAAGAAACGAGAUCUUAGAAAAGGAAAACCAUGGCCUAUAGAAACCAAUUCUCAUACAAGAGUAGAAAAGAAUAAAUUGAUAAUAAAUAUGGUUAAACCAGAUGAUGAAGGCUGGUACUCUUGUCUAGUUCAGAGUAGAGGAGGAAAAAAGGAAGGGAACACUUAUCUUCAAGUGCGUGAUCCUGUACGUGUUGUACUGUAUCCACCUACAAUGUCUUUCCAACAAGGUGAAGAAAUAAGUAUAUCUUGUCGAGCAUCUGGUACACCAAUUCCAAAAUUAGAGUGGAGAAAGAGUGGAAAUGUCCUAGAGGAUGGUGAUGAAGAAGGUCGGAUUAGUAUUACUAGUGAAUUGGGUGAAACAGAAAUUGUAGUGAAAGAUGCUGAUCAGUCUGAUGAAGGCCAUUAUGAAUGUUUUGCUGAUAAUGGCAUUGAUACAGAUCAUCAAGAAUCUGUGAUGGUUUAUGUUGAACUACCAUCAAUAACAGCAAGCUACAAUAAACAUCAAGCUGCUCUGGGUGAAACAGUAGUUUUUCAGUGUGAAAAAACUGGUGUUCCAACUCCUAUAUUAAAAUGGUACAAAGAUGGAGAAGAAAUUCUGACAGGAAAUAAUAAGGAGAUUAUAGAAGAUAUCUUGACAAUUUCUAAUGUGCGAGAUGAAGAUGCUGGCACAUACACUUGUGAAGCUAGUAAUACUGUUGGAUCAAAUGAAGACAAUAUUGUAUUAGAUGUUGGCACAUUUCCACAUAUUAUUCAACCACCAACAGAUGAAGCAGUAGACAUCAACCGGAACAUUUCCCUACCCUGUGUGGCAAUUGGGCAUCCUUCUCCUACUGUUUCAUGGCAGCGAAAGUACCAAGAGCCUCUCCCAAGUGGGCGAUAUCAAAUCUCCACAUCUGGAACUCUGCAUAUUUUCAAUGUUCAAGUGGAAGAUGCUGGAAUAUACAUUUGUAGAGUGGAGAAUAAUUUUGGUGGAAUUGAAAAAGAGGCAAAAAUUAAAGUAACUGGAAUCGAGAAGCCAGUGGUUGAUAGAGCUGAUGUUCAUGGUCGUGUAAUUGAGAAAUCUCAAGGAACUAGUUUGGAAUUACCAUGUCGUAUUCUAAUGGGUAAUCCAGAGCCAGAACGUACUUGGUUCAAAGAUGGUAUGGAAAUAGAUCAACAAGUCAUGACAGAAGAUGGUUAUAUCUUGCAUAUCAAUGGUUCAUUAAUAGUUCCUUAUAUGACAUUCAAGCACGAAGGUACCUACGAAUGUGUUGUGCGAAAAAACCCCAAUUGGAGGGGGGGAUCUGUCACCAAGGAAACAAUUGUACGUAUUGUA